AUGUUUGCAGAACUAAUUCAGCAUAUAAAAAAUACAAGUCCAUAAUUUACAAUAGGACAAUAUGCAGACGCUUAUGAUAAUUAUAGUAGUUGGCGUAUGUGUAAAGUGAUCAAUCUAACAUCUGAUUUGAUCACUGUUUAAUACGAUGGAUGGAGCUAGAAAUAUGAUGAGACUCAUAAACUUAAAGUAGGAAGGGUCGUGUAUUUUAGAUCACAUACUGAACUUUAUACAGGUGCUUAAAAGAGUGCUGUUAGAGAAUUCUAUAUAGCUAAAGAGGUGGAUCACAUUCAAUAAGUCAUUGAGAAAAUGCAGAAGUUAAUAGUAAGCGAUUUUGCCAAUGUUGAAGCAUAGGAUGUCUGUCAAUUUGUGAGAGGAGAACUCUAUCUACUUAUUGAUAGUGUGAUGCAAGAAUAGUAAUAAUAUACUCAGGGAGAAUUUAAAAUGACUACAGAUCUAAUAGAGGCUUUCAUACGAUUCUUUAUCUUUUGGGCAAAUAGGAUUUUGGAAAAAAUCAAUAUAUAUAUUCAAGGCAUUUAAGCACAUCCUCUCAUUUAUUAUUUUCAUUUGGACACUUGUUUAGUAUCAUGUCAUCCUGAGAUGUUUGAUACUCUUACUAAAAUAUUCAAUGGAGGAGGAUCAAGAUGUAAAAGAUAUUUUCUGAAUAAUGAAUAAUAACUAUUAAAGAUGUAUUCCAUUUCUGAUAGACACACCUAAAAUUUCUAAUAAGGAUUCUUCAAAUAUUUUUAAGAUAGCAAUGGUUUAUAAGUAAUAGAGAAUUUAAUCACUUGGUAACAUGGGGAAGGUGAGGCCAAAUAAAAAGUGCCUUUUGGAAUAAUUAAGAAUAUAUUACCCUUAGUUGAAGGUAUAUAUAGGAGCUUUCCUACAAACUAAAUUAAAUAAGAAUGGUUAUCAAAAAUGAAAGAUAUGAUAAUCAAUAGAUUACAUCAAUUAACAAAUAAUGAUCUUAAGGAAUCUAAUCUAAAUCCUGUAUUUUAGAUUUUUAAAUUGAUUCCAUAAUAAUUCUCAUCUAUUUUUAAUAUAUCUUAAGAAUGUGAAGCUACAGAGAUUAAAUUAGCUAUCACUUUAAUAAAAUCAUCUAUAUUAGAGAAGAAAAUAAAAGGUGUUAAAGAAUUAACAGAAAUAAUAGAUAAAGUAACAACUUCUAAAUCUUCAAUGAUGUAUCAAAAUGUAAUGAGCAAUUAUUUCAAUCCAGAUAAAUUAGGUAAAUUCCUUUAAGAGGAGAAAGUUUUUGAUAUCCUUUUAUAAGAAGCUGGACAUGCAGAAGUAUUUAAGAGAGCUGCACCAAUUUUGAGAUUUAUGGUUGAACAAGUGAAUUCAAGUAUAAAGGAUAUAGAAUAAUUAUGGGAAGCAAGUUAAAUGAGACAUGAAACAGAAGCUUAGAGUGUAUAUGAAGUAAUAAGUGAUAUUGCAAGAGUAAUGAAUCAUGAAUAAAUGGAUAUGAUUUAUUAAAAAUUGGCAAAUUUGAAUUAAAAAGAAAUUGAUCUAAAUUUAAUUAUUUUUAUGAAAGAUUUCACUUUAAGUGCUUUUAGAAAUGUACCUUGUAAGAAUAAAGGGAUAUAAUCUUUAAAUUUGAUGUGGGAUUUACUAUAAGAUAAAAGUGAAUUGAAUUCUAAUUUGCUUGAACCUUUAAUGAGUGGAUUUAUAUAAUGUUUAAAAUAAGAUCGUGAACAAUAUUAAUAUUAAUAAUUAUGUUUGGAAAAUUUAAGAAGAAGUAUUUCAUUCCCAUAAUGUUUACAUAUUCUUUAAAAAAUAAUUGAAAGUUAUGGAUAAGGAUAAGUUUAUUUUGGAGGUUCUUCUUCAGAAGAUAAUCUUAAUAAAGUUAUGAAAGAACAUUAAAUGAUAGAUCUAAUUAUUAGAAAUCUUGAAGUUUAUAGGGCUAAUGUAAAUAAUUGUUAAGAUUGUUUCACUAUAUUAAGUGGUAAAGUGGCACAUGCUUAACGUAUACAAUAUAAAAUGGAUUUUCUAGAGUAUAUAGCUGCAAGUCCAAAAAAGUAUGAGUUUUCACUUGAAAAUUUUAAGAAAUUAUGGAAUAUAUUAAUAAUUAAUCCUAUUCAUGAAACAGAUCGUAAUCCUAUGUUAGAUUUCUUAGUAAAAGGUGGAUUUAGAGUAAAAGAAGAUUUAUUUAAAAAUAUAUUCUGUAAUAUUAAUUAUCCAAUUAAAUUAUGUUAUAGAAGUAUAGAAAAGUACUUUAUGUAAUUAAAUUAAAAAAAUGGGUCAAUAAAUUGUUAAAAAUCUUAAAUAAGAAUUUUAAAAUAUGAUUAAAUUGUUGGAAUCAAUUUCUUUUUUGAUGUGGCCUUUAAUUAUCCAGAUUCAGAUUAAGCUAUAUAAACACUAUUAUAAUUACAUAUGAGAACAGAGAAAGCUAAUUAAGUAGAAUAGAAAUUGUAAAUGUGGAACUCACUACUUAUGAAAUGUAAAGAAGCUUUGAAAUAAUCAAAUAAUUAAGUUUAAAUUUAAAAUGUUAUUAAAUGUCUUAAAGAUCUAGUAACUGGAAUAGAAGGGAAAUAGUAUUUUAAUACAAGUAGUCCUGCAAUUACUUUUACAAAAUUCUAAGUUUAAAUAGUUAAGGAUGAAAAAACAUUGAAAGAAAUAUCCUUACCUUCUAAUUCUACUUUAUUAGCAGUAAGAAAACAUUUAAAUUAAUUAUAUAAUUUCAAUCAAUAAGAUUUUGAUAUGUAUUUGGCUAAUCAUGAUAUGAAGGUUAAUUAAGAUAAUGAAGAAGAUUUAACAAUUAGUUUAUUUGAGGAAUCUAAAUCUAGAGAUAAACCAGAUAUUAUUUUAUAAAAUAUCAGUUAAAAUAUGAAUUCAUUAUGUUUAAGUAUUCGUAAAUUUAAGGCAAAUUUAAGUAGCAAUACAGAAUUAUCAGAAAUAUUAUUUGAUUUAUUAUAAUCAGAGAAUUAUGAAGAUAUAUGGGAGGUAUUAACAUUAAUGCCUUAAAAUAAAUAAAUAAAAGAUAGAUUAGAUAAAGGAGGAUCUGAUGAGGAUUCAUGGAGUAAAAUUUUGUAUUUUAAUUGUAAUAAAAAAUUAUUAUAUUGUUUACAAAUCUAUGAGACAAUGAUAUAAUAAGAUAGGAAUGUAGGAUAAAAUUUUUUAAAGACAAAAGGUUGUUAGAGUAUUAUUAAUUAUUAUCUGAAAAGGUAAGAAAAUGAGUUUACAAAUUUAUUCAAUUUGAAAUGUUUUGCAUAGAUAGCAAAAAUUAUAGGGAUAUGCAAUAUUAAGGAUUAAGAAAUCAAUAGGAAAUGUGUGAAAUAUAUAAUAUAUGCUUUGUAAAAAAUUGAAAAUAAAGUAUACUAAGAUCCAUCUGCAAUAUAGAGUUUUCUUUAAAAUAAUUUUAGAAUAGCUUCGACUGAGAAUGUAGGGGAUAUUGAAUAAAUGAUAAAAAGUUUAACAGAAUUGAUUGAUCCUUAAAUUAGAAAGACUUUGUGUUAAUAAUUAAUUGAUUUAAAGCCUUUACAUAAACAUUUUUAGAAUUUAGGUGAGAAUUUAUAAAAUGUAAUGAAAUUGAAAAAUUAAGGUGAAUAAUAUUUAGAAUUGUAUGCUGGAGUUUUAUAAUAGACUAAUAAUAAUGAUUUAACAAGGAUUACUUAAAGAUUACCAGAAAUAGUGAUUAGUUUCUUAUAAGAGGAGGAAACAGAGAAAAUAUUAUUAUAGGCUUUUAGAUUGAUUUGUAUUUUAGUAACAAAAUGUUAAGAAUCAUUAUUAAUGAUUACAACAAAUGAAUCAUUAGCUGAUUCUAUAAUUAAUAGUCUAUUUUAAUUAAAUAAAAAAACUUUAUAAAGUUAAGAUACAAGAAAAGCAGGUUAUGAAAUAGUUUAAAAAUUAUUUGCAAAUUAGAAAUUGAUGUUAAUUUUUGAAUAGUAUUUUUCUUGUGCUUUUUGGAGAACAAGUUCAAAUACAAAUUGGAAUAUAGUAUAAACAUAAUAGAGUAAGAGUUAAACUGGUUUUGUUGGUUUACGUAAUUUAGGAUGUAUUUGUUAUAUGAAUUCAUUAAUGUAAUAAUUAUUUACUUUACCUAAUUUCAGAGAAAGUAUUUUAUCUUUAAAUCUUGAAUAAGGAUAAUAGACAAUUGCAUAUCAAUUUUAAUUAUUACUUUCUGCAUUAAAAAAUUCAUAAAAAUAAUUCUAUGAUCCUACUAAUUUUUGUAGUGUACUUGGUCCAAAUUAUAAACCAAUUAAUUUUUAUGAAUAAAUGGAUGUAGAUGAAUUUUUUUUAUAACUUAUGGAUAAAUUAGAAUUAGAACUUAAACCAUUAAAAAGAGAUAUGAUUAUACCUAAAAGUUUUGGUGGAUUUAUGAGUACAGAAUUUAUAAGUAAAGGAUGUUAACAUUAAUCUUCAAGAGAAGAAUUAUUCUUAGCUCUUUCAUUGUAAGUAAAAAAUAAAAAAAAUAUUUAUGAAUCAAUGAAAAUGAUGACUGAUGGUGAAAUGCUUGAAGGUGAUAAUGCAUAUAUGUGUGAAAAAUGUGAAAAAAAAGUUCCUGCUUUAAUGAGAGUUUGUAUUAAAUAAUUACCAAAUGUAUUGAUUAUGGUAUUAAAACGUUUUGAAUUUAAUUAUGAAACAUAAUAAAAAUUCAAAUUAAAUGAUUAUUAUGAAUUUCCAACUUAAUUGAAUAUGAAAUAAUUUACUAAAGAAUACUUAUAAAAAUAAGAUUAUCAAGAUACUGAAGAUGCUGAUAGACCUAUUGUAACUGAAUAUUCAGAUGAAUAUUAUGAUUAUUAUUUAAGAGGAGUAAUUAUUCAUGUAGGCACAGCUGAUCAUGGACAUUACUAUUCAUUAAUUAAAGAUGCAUAAACUAAUAAAUGGUAUGAAUUUAAUGAUAUUCUUGUUAAACCUUUUGAAUUUGGUGAUUUGGCAACUGAAGCAUUUGGUAAUGAUGAUAAAGGAAGAACUAACUAAUUAUUAAGUAGAUCUAAAAAUGCUUAUAUGUUAUUUUAUGAACGUAAGACUUAUUUUGAUGAAAAUGGUAAACCAUUAAAAAAUGAUUAGGAAUUAAGAUGGUUUUUUAAUAAUAAUAAAAAUGAAAAAUAAAAUGAUGAAAUAUUAAUAGACAAUAUUAAAUUUUAAAUUAGUUAGGUUAUGUUUGAUGAAACAUUUUUUGAAUUUAGUUGUGCUUUAUUAGAUGAAGGUUCUUAAAUUCAUAUUGGUAGAUUUUGUUUAUAAUAUUUUCUUACUGUUGUUAUACGUUUUCAAGAGAGAGGAUAAUUUGUACCAAGAUAUUUGGAAAAAUUAAAAUAAAUAACUAGAAAUUCAGUUCAAUUAGCAAAUGAAUUUUUGAUUUCUAUAUAAAAUAUUGAUGUUCUCAAUGAAUUAAUCUUACAAAAUCCUAUUCAAGAUAUGAGAGUCAUUAUUGGUGGAUUAAUUAAUGAUGCCAUUAAAUGUCUUAUAGACAAUGAAAAAUAUACUUCAUAUAAAGAAUUCAAAUAAAAAAGUAAUUUAAUUUAACUUACAUAAUCUAUGAUUCAUUAUAUUUAAAUUAGAAAAAAUUCAGAUUAAAUCUAAAGGAUAAUCUAUUAAUUAUCAUUACAUGAUUUCAGUAAAACAUAUUUAAGAGAAUUAAAAGGUGUAGGAAGAAUCUUUCUAUACUUUUUAGAUGAACCUCCUGUUGGAGCUGGAUAUAUUGAAAUUACAGAUCCUAAUGUAGAAUAAAAAUUACUUAAAAUUAACAAAUAAUAUAUUAGAAAUGAAUAAAUAUAAUAAAAUCCAUAAAUUUUACAAUAGUAAGAUAAUCUAAAAUUUGAUAAUCUAUUUAUAGAUUAUUCUUACAUAGUUAUGGCUCUUAAUUAAUUAAUUUAUUAAGAUGAUGACGAAUUAUGCAUGUUAGAUGAUCCUUAACUUUUUAAAAGAAUAUUAAGUUCUACAUUUGCAAGAUAACCAAGAUUGGCAUUAAAAGAAGCAAUAUAAAAAUAUAUAAAACUAAAUAAUAAUCCAUGGGAUCAAAGUCUAUCUGUUGUAUAAACACUUUAUGAACAUAUGAAGGAUUGUGAUGAAAAAGAUUUAAAAACAGCAUUAAUUGUACUUAGAGGUAUAGGUGAAAUUGAUGAUGCAUAUAUAGAAUAAAGAGUAUAUAUAAAUUUUUAUUUAGUUAACUUUGGUAGCUGAAGCAUUUAUUUCUGCUCUGAAAGAUAACUUAGGUUAUUGGUAUUAUACAUCAAUUAUGUUUGAUUAUAUAAUUAAGGUAUUGUUUAUUAUAAUACAUUAUAUAGAUAUGUACUAAAUUGGCUUUUCAAAAAGCUUUCGUUGAUGUGUUGAAUAGAAAUAAAGGUGUUUUGAAAUUAAUGUAUUAAUGGUUAAAAGAAUCAUAGAAUCCAUUUUAGAAUUUCUCAUAAUAAAGGGUAUAUAUGAUAAAUAAUUAUUUUAAAGUGGAAAGUCUUUAAAAAGAGAUAAAUGAAUGUAUUAGCUUAGGAUAUAACUGAAAAAUUAAAUAAAUUUUAAGCCUUAUCAUAAAAACGUAUAGAAUCCCUUGAAAAAAUCAUGAAUCAAUAAGUUGUUAAUAGUAGUGGUUAUGAUUCUGAUACAGUUCCUAAUUUUGAAUAAUAGGUUGAUGUCAUAAUCCCAGCAAGAACAUACCUUAAUAAUUUUGAAACUUGCGGUUAUUCUACAUGGACAAUAGGAAUCAAUUUAGGAGAUAUGAUGGAAUUAAGAUAAAACAAUAUGAAUAAAUGGGUUUUUAGUACAGAUUCAUCACUUGCACCUCCUAAUACAUAGACAAUAAAAUAUGAAAAUCAUGUUUCCUUUAUGAAAUGA